GAAUUGGUCUGAUAUUCUGUUUUGUUAGACACAGAGGAGACUAUAAAUACACCCAAACGACAUCAUAUUUGGCAGCCACAUGGACUAAAAUGGCAGCCUUGUAUUCCGCCCUCUUCAACUUUUAUUCCACACGCUGAGGAAAAAAAAAUAAACCCUAAAUGAUUUUAUAAAUAUCACAAAUCAUAACAGCCCAAAUCACCGGUUUUUAAUCCGAAACAUUGCGGUUUGUUUCGAUAUUUCCUUAAAUUUCUUCUUUUUUCUUCUUCUGUGUGAUCGUUAUUUUUGGAUGUCAACCGGUGGCGCCACUACGAACCCCAUCGCCGGCAGUCCCAGAAUCGGCAUACAGUCAACCCAUCGCCGCCGUAUACCGGAACUAAUGCCUGACUCGGUUGUUCCGACGAUAGAGUCGCCGCCUACCGAAACCCCAAAUGGGUAUCAGUGUAAUGGUUAUUUAGAUUAUGUUUCAGAAACGACGGUUAACUGUUUAGGGUGUUGUACCGCCACUUGCCACCACCACCACCACCACCAUAACAACUACUUCUUUCUACGAAAAGGGUCGCCGGAAAAACGGAUUUUGAAGUCUUUGAGACAAGGAAAAAAUCUAGGGCGUACCCUGUUUGGGUUUCUGAUUGUGUUGGUGGUUUUUACGGUUUUUCUGAAGACUGCAUAUAUGGCGGGGAGUCACGUGGCGGAGGCGGAAGGUGGUUAUAACGCCGGAAUGUUCAUCUUGAGGGACUAUAAACGCGAUUCCGUUAAGGCGCAGAGAGUUUUAUCAGACAUUGAUUCUUCCAUGCCCAUGAGAGCAUUUGAAAAAUACUCGAAGCAUUCUGUUGAAGAAAUCUGGAUGAAACCAAACAGCAAUGACUAUCAUCAAUGCAUUGUUAGACCCAAAAACCGUAUAAAAACAAACUCUGCGACAAAUGGGUAUCUUCUUGUUCAUGCCAACGGUGGAUUAAAUCAAAUGAGAACCGGGAUAUGUGACAUGGUUGCUAUUGCCAAGAUUAUGAAUGCCACCCUGGUCCUUCCUUCACUUGAUCAUCAAUCUUUUUGGACCGAUCCAAGUGAUUUUAAGGACAUUUUCGAUUGGAGGCAUUUCAUGGAAGUUCUAAGAGACGAUAUUGAGAUCAUAGAAUCUUUACCACCUGAAUUCGCAACAAAAAAACCACAUUUCAAGGCUCCUAUUUCAUGGUCAAAGGCAAGUUACUAUAGAGGGGAGAUGUCUUUUUUGUUAAAAAAACACAAAGUAAUUCAGUUUACACAUACCGAUUCAAGACUAGUCAACAAUGGACUCGCGUCAUCUUUUCAAAAGCUUAGAUGUCGAGCCAAUUAUGAGGCCCUUCGUUAUUCUGAGGAGAUUGAAGAGCUCGGAAAAAAGUUGGUUUCAAGACUAAGAAGCAAUGGCGAACCCUUUAUCGCUCUACAUUUGAGAUAUGAAAAAGAUAUGCUUGCGUUCACAGGCUGCAGCCACAACUUAACAACAGAUGAAGCACAAGAGCUAAGAGCAAUGAGAUACGGUGUAAAACAUUGGAAAGAAAAGGAAAUAAACAGUAAAGAAAAGAGACAACAAGGGGGAUGCCCCAUGUCACCUAGAGAGGCUGCUUUGUUCCUUAAAGCCAUGGGGUACCCUCCAAACACAAGUAUUUACAUAGUCGCGGGAGAAAUAUACGGUAGUAAAAGCAUGGAUGCCUUUCGAAAUGAGUACAAAAACGUCUUUUCACAUAGCACACUUAUGACUCAAGAAGAGUUGGAUACAUUUAAGAACUAUCAAAACCGUCUUGCGGCGGUUGAUUACGUUGUUGCCCUUGAGAGCGAUGUGUUUGUAUAUACGUAUGAUGGAAAUAUGGCGAAAGUGGUACAAGGGCAUCGGAAGUUUGAAGGGUUCCGUAAAACGAUUAGCCCUAACAGGCAACAAUUUGUAAAGAUGAUAGAUCGAUUGGACAAUGGAUUGAUAUCAUGGGACGCAUUUAGUUCUCGAGUCAAGAAUAUUCAUAAAGACCGACUAGGUGCACCAUCCGAGAGGAAAGUAGGAGAGUCUCCAAGGGUAGAAGAGAACUUUUACGCGAAUCCGUUUCCAGGAUGCAUUUGUAACAGUUCGAAUGACAGAUUUAACAGCACACUGAUUGAUCAGACCCCACGAGAUUCGUUGUCAUCACAGAAAUAGGCAUUUUUGCACUAUUGUAUAGUACACAUACGUAGUCUUGCUUGACCGAGACAAAACACGGAGGUUUUAUUUUAAAUUUAUAUUUUUGGGCGUAAAAGUUAUAGAUUUUAGAAAAUGGGGCAUAUAUAUAUUGAAAUGAUACAAAUGUUAUUUGCCAUACUUUUUCACAUCUUAUACAUAUACAAAUGAAUGUAGGCAAUUAUAUUUCACG